AUGAGUACUGACGCUUCUAAAAUGAACAUAGUAUCGGUGAACUGGGCAGCUGGGGCAGAACCUCCCUAUGCGCAGGCUGUGGCAAAUGCCAGGCUUGUUGCUUUAGAGAUUGUCCAUUUCAUGACACAAUUGGAUUACAAAAGGAGCCUAAAUUAUUCUAAAACCUUUCAUAUAAUUGGUCACGGAUUGGGCGCACAUAUAGCCGGCUAUAUCGGCAAGCUGAUGCCAAUACAGAGGAUAACGGCAUUGGACCCUACUGGCCCGUACUUCGCCAAUAUGCCGCCUCUUGUCAGACUUCAUAGAGAUGAUGCAGAUUACGUUGAUGUGGUACAUACACAUACGCAACCAUAUGGUCAAGGCUACAAAGAUUUAAUUGGCCAUAUAGAUUUCUAUCCAAAUAGUGGCAGAUUCCAGCCCAGUUGUGUAGAUACGUACGUAAAAUUAACUUCGCUGAAGCGAGGAGACCUUCAGUUGGGUCAAACGUUAUCUGCCUGCUCUCACAAACGGAGUUUGAAAUAUUACAUCGAGGCCCUGAUAAAGCCAGAAUGCGAAUAUAUUGGCGUUGCAUGUCCUAGUUUUAAGGAUUUUGUUAAGUGCUGCGGAACGGAAUUGAAGCGAGUUUUUGUAACCAUAGCACAAUGA